UAUACACUAUACUAUUCUAGUUUUCUACUGCUUAUCCAACCAUUGUAUAUUUUAUAUUGUUACUACUAAUAUAAUCACUUCGAAUAAUUAUUAAUAAUGGCUACUAUUUCUCGUAUACUACGUUCAUUUUUGAAGAAUGUUCAUUUACAAAAAAGGUUUUACGCCGAUGCUCCUCCAAAUGAAAAUCAAAUGAAAUUAACUUUUGCUGGUGCUAAUAAAGUUUUUUAUGAUAAUGUUAUUGUAAAGCAAGUAGAUGUACCAUCAUUUUCUGGAUCAUUUGGUGUUUUACCGAAACAUGUACCUUGUCUAGCUGUUUUAAAACCUGGAGUAGUGACAGUAUUUGAAGAAAAAGGUGAUGUUAAAAAAAUUUUUGUUUCUUCUGGAACAAUCACAAUCAAUCAAGAUUCUACUAUACAGGUUCUUGCAGAAGAAGCACAUCCAAUAGAAGCAUUGGAUAAAUCUGCUUGUAGAGAUCUUUUAAAUAAGGCUCAAGACCAGCUAUCACGUGCUUCAUCUGAGAAAGAUAAAGCAGAAGCUGAAAUUGCAUUAGAAGUAACGAAAGCUUUAGAGCAAGCUGCUCUAUAAAUUUAUUU